CGAGAACAAAAUUUCUUCAGGGAAAGAAUUGUCUAGCAGCAGCAGGAGGAAGCAGAGCAAAUCAAUACCCAAAACUCAAAGGAAAGGAAAUAAAUUGCUGUGAAUGCUUUAAUGGCUGCUGUUCCAUCCUCACAGCCUUUUAGCAAUCCCCAAAUGCAGCAUUUUGGUUACCAAGGUGUAGAAGGAACAACAUCAAACCCUCAUGAAUUGGAAUCUGUAACAACCCUUUUGAUUCGGCAUCUUCCUGAGGCUAUUCCUCAUGACACCCUUUUGCGGCUUUUCUCUCACUAUGGUGCAUCCUCUGUUCGUCCUUGCUCUAGUGGAAAGUUGAGAAACUGUGCAUUUGUGGAUUUCAAAAAUGAAGCAUUGGCUUCUCAAGCUCAGCGUCAGUUAAAUGGCCUGAGGUUUCUUGGUAAAGUCUUAUCAGUGGAGAGAGCUAGUAAGACAACUGAGGAUAAUAAACCUCAGCAAACCGGAGUUCAGCCUGGAAAGGAUUUUCCACAAUCUGCAUCAAUGGUGAAAGAUGCUAGCUUGGCUAGAGACCUGAAUCAAGGUUCAAGAUUAAGAUCAGUACCUACUAGUGAACCAAUUGCUCCUAGACUUGGAGUAGACUAUCCAUUUCCUCCUCACCUUGAAUAUGCAUACCCUCCACCAGAUGGAAAUAUUUUGACCAAUAUCGUUAAUGCUCUUAUUGCUGUUCCUCGCUUCUAUACACAGGUGUUGCACCUAAUGAAUAAAAUGAAUAUUCCAGCUCCAUUUCGUAUGGCUUUGCCCACACCGCCUCUGCCACCUUCAGUACCUGCGCCACAGCCACCGCCCCCACCCCCACUUCCUGCUUCCACACCUACAGAGCCUCAUUUUGCAGAUGCAUCUUCUAGUGAAUCAGAAAUGGAGUCUUCGGAUGAGGAGGUCAAUGACAAGGGUACGGCAAAAUCUGCACGUAAGCGUGCCAGGCGGGAAGCUAUUGUAGGCCCUGCAAUUGAUAAAAGUGUGGCUCAUGAGGCUGUUGGAGUGAAACCUGCCACCUUGAUCCCAAAAGAAAUCCCAUUCAUAAAAAAGAAGAACCCUGUAUUACAGAUCAAAAUUGCUCCUAAACACAUUCCUAAUGAACAGAAAGAUGAUGAUGAUGACUACAAACGGAUUUCGGAGGAACCUAAUGAGGAGGAUUCAGAUGCUAAAUGCUUUGCUACUGCAGAUGAGUUGGAAAAGGGAAAGUUGCCUCCAGAAGAAAUAUUAUCACUUCCAAUGUUUAAGAACUAUGCAGCUGGGAAUCCUGCUUCUGUGUUGUAUAUAAAGAACUUGGCAAAGGAUGUUGUUCCUGAAGAUUUCUACUUCAUCUUCGGAUCAUUAUUUGGAAGCAUUGAUGCAGCGAAAUCCGGUCUUAAUGUGAAGCUAAUGCAGGAGGGAAGGAUGAGGGGCCAAGCUUUUGUGACAUUUCCAGCAGUUGAACUUGCCCACCAUGCUUUGAACCUUGUUAAUGGGUAUGUGUUCAAAGGCAAACCAAUAAUCAUCCAGUUUGGUCGAAAUCCUGCCACUGCGAAAACAAAUUAAAUUGAUACAUGGUGACAGGAGGAAGCUCCUUAUAUCUACUGCAUGAUUACGACAUUGGUGAUUAUGCCUUCUUAUAUUGUUAAGCAAGGUGGUCUACCUCCAUAUCCCAAAGCAGCAGUGGGUACAAAUGUGUGCAAGAGUUUAUGAAAUGAUUUUUACGCCACUACAUUUUAAUGGCAUAUCUUCAGUGAUAAUGGAGAAUAGAGCACAACAUGGUCUUGCUACUUACUCCUAGAGGGUUUAAAGGUGCAGAAUCUCUGUGUAAGGCGUUUAUCCUUCAUCAUUAGAAGCACUAAUGUUGGUCUGGCUGUUGAAUUGCCCUUACAAUUAUCUAUCGUCCAUCAUGAAUCUAGGUACAAGCAUGGUGGUGAUUGAUCAAGGAGAAUGAUGCAAAACAGCUUACCUUUAGGCUUGUUGCUCCUGAUUGCUUUGAGUUAUGAAGUCUCAAUGCUCCAUCGUAGUUCUCCCAUUUUUCCAUUUUGGUGCUUUGGGGGGCUAAACCGUCCCGAGCAAAAACAAGACGGUAGUUUUCCCAUUCUGAUAAAUAUUGUUUCCUAUAUCAAAUUUAUUAUUUGGAAGAAAUGAAAAGACAACGGAAAAGGAAGGCAUUUUACACUUUUUUGGCAGUAAAGAGAAAAACAAAAGCUUUAGCCUGACUCUUGAGGUUGUACUCAUAUUUAUUGUUAUAAACAAUGGCUGGAAAUUUCACCUUGUUGGAAUUUCCUGUUGUUAUGCGUGGUAAAUUUAUUAGACUCUCAGCGGUCCAAAAUGCAAGUGAAUCCUUUCAAUCCA